CUCUUUUAUUUACAUUCUGGCUGGAAACGGUCCCGUCGGUUUGAUGCAACUUCGCAUUAAUUUCUUGCUCUAGUCGUUAGUUGAAUUUGAUUUAUUUAUAAUAAAAUCACGUCGAAAUGUUCCCCCAAAAGUGCAUCCGUUUAGUGAGUCAACAUUUGCCCAACCCCACCCGGUACCUGUCCACGAUUUCGGCCGGAGCCACCAGCUGCAGCAGAAGGGCUCGCCCGAUCAGCAAGAUGUGUGGCUGGCAAAUUCACUCCUACGGAAGUCUGGAGGAGGUGCAGUUUAGCGACAACCUGAAAAUGCCAGUCCUCACGUCGCCGAACCAGCUGCUCGUGAAGGUGACGGCCGCCUCCGUGAAUCCAAUCGAUGUCGCAAUGAUCAAGGGCUACGGUGCGGCAGUACUAAAUACUAUGCGCUGCAAAAGCGGCAUCGAGUUUCCUCUGACACUCGGUCGGGAUUUUUGCGGAGAAAUCGUACAGAAAGGCAUGGGAGUGUCCAGUCGAGAUCUGGACGUAGGCGAUGAAGUGUGGGGAGUUUGCCCGGUGCACCAACAGGGAUCUCAUGCAGAGUACGUUGUCGUGGAACGAUAUUGCCUCUCGAAAAAACCGGAAAAUCUCAGCAAAAUCGAUGCCAGUGCCGUGCUAUACGCUGGCCUUACGGCGUGGUCUGGUUUGUAUCUUACCGGUCAGCUGGGAAAUUUACUCGGCGCAAUAUCACCCGUUGGUGGUGGGAGGGGGAAAAAAGUCUUAGUGUUAGGUGCGGCCGGGGGUGUCGGGACGCUGGCAGUUCAAAUUCUACUGGCUGAGGGCGUAGAAGUCUACGCAACGUGCUCAACUGAUGCCGUUGAAAUGGUACAAAAUCUGGGAGUCCGAUACGUUUUGGAUUAUAACGAACCGGCCCAUGUGCAACAGUUGGCGAGUGUUGGAAAGUUCGAUAUCAUCCUGGAUUGUGCCGGCAAGGGAACGGACUAUGCCACAUCCGUGCCAUGGAGGUUCGAACAGUACAUCACAUUCAAUUCUCCCGUGUUGAAAAACAUCGACGACAACGGAUUCGCAACUGGCAUGGUCCAGAAUGCGGUAAGUAUAGUGCGCAACAAUUUGGCCACGGUCAGCGCACACAAUGGACUGGUCAAGUGGGGCUAUUUCGUUCCGGCCCCGCAAGGCAUUGCGUACCUGCAGAAGUUGGUGGAGCAGGGAAAAUUGUUGCCCGUCAUUGAGAAAGUAUUCACAUUCGAUGGCACUUCAGAAGCGUACGCUCGCGUUGAUGAGAAACACCUGCGAGGGAAAAUUGUGAUAGAUUAUAACUGAAAAUGUCGAAUUUGAACAUAGAGAUGAAAUGUUGAUUACGCUGUUAGUUUUCUAUUUUAUAACAGAUAGUCGUACUAAAUUCCUAGUUAUUAUUUUACAACAUUUUCUUUACUUGAAUUAAAACACUUAACUUAAUUCGCGAUAUAUAA